CUUUGGAGAGUAAAAUGUACUAAUGAGGAAGUCACAACCUUUUUAAAGCAGAAAUAAACCUUAUUUGAAGGUCUGAAACCCCCAGAGAUACAAAAGCUGGAGGAAAUGGACACACAGGCCGGAAUCCUUCUGCGGGUCCAGCUGAUCACAACACUCUACUUUACAGGUGCCAGUGUAUAUGGCUCCUCUGUGUCUGUAUACUCCAGUGUGGGAGGUCAUACGACUCUGUCAUGCGCCAAUGUGUUUUAUCCCAACUGCUCCUCAACUACAUGGACCCAUAGCAGCGAUAGGUCUGAGACAACUGAGCUGGUCGAACUUGGGAAGAUCAGCGAUACAGAGAAAGCCGGAAGACUGAGAGUGGAGUCUGACUGCUCUCUACACAUGAAUAAUCUUAACACUGAGGAUGCUGGAUUGUACACCUGUCUUCAGUUUCUGUAUAAAGGUGCUCCUCAGCAUGGAGGAGAUGCAAUGGUUUAUCUGGCUCUUCUCAGCAUCUCUCCAUCCCCUCCAGUGAUAGAGCUAAGACCUGGCAGCACUGUGACUUUAGACUGUCUCCUCUAUACCUAUUAUGGUCAUGGAAACUGUAGUAGAUAUGCAUAUAACAGAGUUAGUCUGAGCUGGGUGAAUGAGACAGGUACUGAACUGCAGGUAGAUCCCAGGUACCAGGUCAAACAUACAUCCUCCUGUCACUCCACUCUGACCGUGACACUCCAGAGGACAGACAACAACAGGAAGUGGAGAUGCCAGCUGACUGAGGAGGGGGAAGUGAAGAUCUCUGACAGCUACACCACCGAGUGGUCUGAUUUUGGGAGUGGACGAAUGCCCAGCCCCACCCCAACCGGGUCCACAAGGACACGAGGACAAGGUUCUGUAGCCAUAUUGGUCUCUGGAGUAUCUGUGUGUGUGGCUGUGUGUGUGGUAGUAGCUGUGAUAGUGACAUAUAAAAGAAGACGAGCAGGCAAGGGUCACGCUGAGAAUCACAACAUGACUAAUCAGCACACAGAGCAGAAUACAGACACUGUGACCUAUGCUGUGGUCACCCACUCCACUGCCAGGCCAAGAGAGAAGGACAGAGACACUGCUGAACAUUGCACUUAUGCCACCAUCAAAACUGCGAACUGAACACAAGAUUAAAUACACUUAGAAAUGAUUGAACAUACAUGUCUGGUUUUGGCAGUGAUGUUUGCAUAUGAUGAAUGCACAUGAUUGCAUAAAGACGUAUUUCUUUGCUUUCUGUAAUAAGUGAGGUGGCACUCUAGUUCACGCUUGGUCUUAUCCUCUUGCUGUACAAUGCCAGUAGGGUUCCUGCUUGAUCCUGUAAUUUAGCUAGCUGUUGUGUUUAGUUAGCUCAGUGUACAUGCUCAUACAAUUCUUUAUUUAAGUCCAAGACCCUUGUGUAAAAAAGCUAAUUUACUGUGAGUACUAUAUACUGUGUGCGGACUUCAGUCAAUAAUAAAUGGCAGCGUAAG